CUUGUCGCACCACCACUCCAAUUGUGAACGGGUCUUCCGUUCGUCUGAUCUUCUAUCUCCAAGGCUCGUCUGAACAAUGACCAUGCAAUUCCUCCCAUCUCUUCUGGGGGUUGACCCGGAUUUGUCGACCAUGGCCAAUGCGGGCUAUGUUCAGAUCACCUUGAUCUGGGUCGUCUAUGCCAUUGCCGUUGCCAUCCUACUGUCGAUUGCCUGCCUGUUCGUCUACCUCUACCAGGCUCACCGAGAACGCUCCCUCUUCGUUACGAUAGUCUGCAUCUUCACCAUCACCUCUCUGCUCGCGACUGUUUUGCUCCUCCCCGUCGACGUUGCUUUGGUCUCCAGUACCACAAGUUCCAAGUCGGGCAGAAGAAAAGAGUGGGCCAAUCAGGGCAAGGUCGACAAUAUCACAUAUACACUACGCAUCGUCUAUUACCUGCUCUAUUCUCUGGAUGCUGUGCUCUGUCUCCUCGUGGUGCCGUUCACCUACUUCUGGUAUGAAGAGCACGACGAAGUUGCGCAAGAGGAGGGGUCGCAGACUUUCGCAUCCAGGUUCUGGGCUGCGUUCAAGUACACACUGAUCUUUAUCUUCCUUUGCGUGGCUCUUUUUCUGGUCGGAUUCUUCGUCCCAGUUGCCCGCCACCGGGAGGGCGCCCAUUUCGAUCUGGACUUCUUUAAGAAGUUGCUCUCCGAGAACCAUGGGGAGCGUGCGUUGACGUUUGCACUCGGCCUGCUCAUCACGAUUGGAGUCAUCAUCUACUGCUUCUAUACUGCGGCUGGGCUGGCCCUCCUUCCGCUCACCUUGAUCAAAUCCGCUCCUGGCAUAUCUGCACCAGCAUUGAGCGAGUCGUCCGCUGCACAGUUGGAAAGCAACCUCGAGAGACAGAGACAGCUGGAGGGACGUGCCCAGGGCAACCCGGAUGGCCUGUCCUCUAAGGACCAACGUGAACUAGACGCUCUAGUUCGCGAGGAGCGCACCCUGCGUCGCCAUCAACGGCUGGCUGCCGAAGCUUCAGGCGAAGAUCAGAGCAUCUUCUGGAAGAUAUGGUUCAAAAUCGAGGCCAUCUUCAGACCUAUCAAGCUCGUUCUCGGUAUACUGUUGGUGAUCAUUGUAUUGCUGAUCUUUGUUAGCAUGCUUAUCACUGGCAUCGACAAGGCCAAGAAUUCCAUCUGCAAACGCCAUUGUGGCUAUCUGCUGGCUCACAUCAACAUCUUUCAGCCGAUAAAUUGGAUCUUGGUCGAGUCCGCCAAAGUAUUCCCAAUCGACUAUGUCAUCUUUCUCCUGUUGGUGAUGCUUUUCUUCAGCGCAAGCAUCAUUGGGAUUGCCACCAUCGGCAUUCGGGUGCUCUGGAUCACCAUUUUCCGCAUCCGCAAGGCUCAUACUUCGCCUCAAGCAAUGCUCAUUGCGACUGUCAUGCUUACGUUGAUGACCUUGGCAAUCAAUUAUUCGAUUGCAAUGAUGGUUGCACCUCAGUACGCUACCUUUGGUCCGCAGACAUUCUGCGAUCAUCCUCCGAAGCAUCCCGGUGAACAGCCAGACUGUUCGGACCAUCCUCAACAUGUUGUUCCCUGCACGGAACUCAGUGACAACCCUGCAGCCAGGAAUGUCUGUACGCCAUCCGUGGUGUCUACCUUCCUCAACAGGGUAACUGUGAAUUUCCCCUUCUUCGGCGUUGUUGAUUUCUGGGCACAAUUUGUCUUCUUGGGAAUCUUCCUACUCGGCUUCAUUGUUUUGCUCUUCCGCACACCGAAACUAUCUGAUCCGGAUGCGGAAGAGGACGACCUCGAGGAGGAGGAGGAAGGACUCCUGGCCAGUACGGGCCGCAGAUUUGGUGCUACUUGGCAGGAUAUUACUGGAAGGGUCAGCCAUUCGGGCGGGAGAGGCACAAGGGACGGAGCAGAUGAUGCCUAAAUCCACACUCAUGACGGGCGUUUCAAAAUGCGAAAUAAAAUGUCUGAGUAUGCAUUUCAUGAAGGAUUCCAGGCCACUAGGUCACUUUACUUUGGUACAGCAUGCUUAUCAAACUCAUGGAAGUCGUCUAAUGUUCAGGCGGCACGAUUAACGGGCUCAUAACAUCAUAAUGACUUUGUUGAC